AUAAGAAAUAAAAGAGGGUCGGUAUGCAAGUUUCUUGAACCGAAUGCGACCAAAGAACCAUCUCCCUUCUCUCCUUCAAACACCCUUUUCCUCUCUCUCUACAAAUAUGGCUGUCUACGUUCUGUUCUUGCAUCGUCACUUCUUUCCUCCGCCAUCUUCACUUUUCUAACCCUAAGUUACCUUCUCUUUAAUUAAGGGAUCUCGCGUCUUCAAUACUUCGAAUACAAGAUCACUCAAAUUUUGCUCCUUUAUUGACCCGCUUUCGUUCGUCAGAUUUUGUUAAUCCUAUUAAAUAUCGCUCUCCUUCAGGUUGAAUCCUUAGUCUGUUGAAGAACUUGUUUAAUGGGAGAAGCCCCGGCUUUCCUUGUUGAUGACAUGCAAAAGAGUUUUUCAGACAGAUUUGAUCUGAAACUCAAAGGCUUCGAAACAGCCACUGUUAUCGGAAGCAAAACAUAUGUCAUUAAUGGCACUGAUGGUCCAACCUCAAGUGGAGUUCGUGUCUUCAACAAGUCUACAGGCGAAUGGGUGAUUCCAACUGUUCUAGGGACAAAACCAAAGUCACUAAAAGGACACUCAUCUGUCGUUUUGAACGAAGACAGAAUCUUGAUCAUCAAAAACAAUUCCAAAUCUAACGAAUGCGUUUGGUUCCUCGAGGUGGACACACAAUUCAUUCGUGACCAAAAGAUGAAAUGUGACACCGAAGUAGUUGCAUGGAGCAAGGGCGUUAUCGGUAAUUCCGAGCAACCUGUGGUGAUUAGUGGCCCAUCUGGUGUAGGCAAGGGUACCUUAAUUAACAAGCUCAUGAAAGAUUUUCCAACAAUGUUUGGGUUUUCUGUUAGCCACACAACCCGUUUAGCAAGAGAAAAGGAGAUAAAUGGAGAGCAUUAUCAUUUCACAAAACGAAGUGUUAUGGAAGAAGAGAUCAAAUCCGGGAGAUUUCUUGAAUUUGCUGCAGUCCAUGGCAAUCUUUAUGGAACUAGCAUUGAAUCUGUUGAUGUUGUUGCUGAUGCUGGAAAGAGAUGUAUUCUUGAUAUUGAUGUUCAAGGAGCAAGAUCUGUGAGGGCGAGUUCUCUUGAAGCUGUUUUUAUUUUUGUUCGCCCUCCUUCAUUUGAGGAGCUUGAGAAUCGUCUUCGUGCAAGAGGAACAGAAACCGAAGAACAAAUCCAGAAAAGACUUAGAAAUGCUAAGGCUGAGCUUGAACAAGGAAAAUCUCCAGGUCUUUUUGAUCAUAUUUUGGUGAAUGAUGAUCUUGAAGCUUGCUAUGAACGACUUAAGAAUCUUUUGGGUAUUAGUGAAAGCAAGAACUUUGCUCCCAAAACCCCAAGUAAGGUGUUUGACUUGCCUGUGGACUUCACGUUGACCAAAGUCAGCGAAAAGAUCAUCAUAAAGAAUGCUGAACAGGAGAUUGUGCUUGAUUUAUCUUUGAUGAAAGGAGGGGCACCUGGUCGGACAAGAGGACUAGAGAUGCAUGUGAAUUAUGAUUGAUUCAUUUAUGGAAAGUGCAACUUUUAAACCGAUCUUUUUGGUACCUUAAGUAGACAUGAAUUACCAUUAUAGUUUCAUGUUCGAAGGAAAAAAGACAAAAGAAAAGUAACUUGUAGUUAGAUUUCCCAUUUUCUGGGGUUCCUUUUUUCUUGUUUUAAAGUUCAUUUUGAAUGAGGGAUGGAGUAACUUUUGAGAAUUUCAAUUUUGGGGGAAUGGACAAUUACAAAUGAGAUUAAUUUUGGUCA